CCAAUCAGUGGAAACCAAGAGAGCUGCAAAGCAGGAAGAAGUGUUCUGUUAUGUUAGACAUCCAGUCACUCCAGUCUAUAUACAUUACAUUUUUGCAUAACUAUAUUAGAAUUCAAAGUCCAAUUAAGGAAAUUAGGUAAAGGCACUGGCCUAGCCACACGACAGAAAUAAUGCAAAUAGAAGAAAUGAACAUCAAUACCUUGUCUGCUGCAAACUAAGUGUUCCCAAAAUGUAUUCCAUGGUCCACUUUACAAUGCUCAAACGUUUCGUGACCACAUGGCCCUUCCUCAGUGACAAAAAAACCCAGAGAGACUGUGCAAAUUUAUAGGCAAAUAAAUUGCCACCCCCUAGUGGUGGUCAACAAGUGCAUGUAGAUAAAAAAGAUAUUUAAUUUUUUUUGUCUAUUUUGGAUUGAAUCCAUAAUCAUGUUAGCAACAUCACAUAAUAUUAUACGACAGAUUCGCAAUCAUACGAACUGUCAGCGGGCCCGAGGGGGUGCGGGCCCUGGUGCACCUCCUGCAACCCUGGUAGUUCCGUCACUGAACUGAAAUAACUGACUUUUUUUUAACCGUAUCCACCUCUCUGUACCUCUUUGCUAAACAUCCCUUGUAAACACUGUCAGUUCUUCCUAUGUCCACUGAUGAUACAGUAGUAAAUGGGAGGCAUUCAUUCAGUGAAAACUGACUGCUUGAGAAAGGCAAAAAUAUGAAGACAGUGCAAAUAAAAAUAUCAGAAGAGCAUGAGGAACAAGAAGGUACCUUGUACUCUUGGCCAAGUAAGUAUUUAACACAUUCAUAAGCAAGGAGCAGAGCCAGCUGUGUCAGAGCUGACGUGAAGCAGCUCUAUUUGAGUUGGUCUCAUUAGCCAGGUCCAGCUUCCCCAUUACUUUCUUUAGGAACCCUGUAAAAGAAGCAUGGCGCAGGCUGGACUUCUCAUUUGUCUCUUCAUUACCAUACUACUUUUGGAUCUGACAUGCACACAAUCUGCCAAAUUAAAGACAAGGAAGGACCGCAGAACUAAAGAGAAAGAUGGUGAUCUGAAGACACAAAUUGACAAGCUGUGGCGAGAGGUUAAUUCUCUGAAGGAAAUGCAGGCAUUGCAGACAGUCUGUCUGCGUGGUACCAAGAUUCAUAAAAAGUGUUACCUGUCAUUUGAAGAAACAAAGCACUUUCAUGAAGCUAAUGAGGACUGCAUAGCCAAAGGAGGAACACUGGCCAUUCCCAGAGAUGCUGAAGAGAACAAUGCUCUCCGGGACUAUGGAAAGAAGAGUCUUCAUGGUUCUGGAGAGUUUUGGCUGGGUAUUAAUGAUAUGGUAAAUGAGGGAAAGUUUGUGGAUGUUAAUGGUGUUGCCAUUACCUAUUUCAAUUGGGAGCGCCCGCCUAAUGGGGGAAAGCGUAAAAACUGUGCUCUCCUAAAUCAGGCUUCCCAAGGUAAAUGGGUUGAUGAAGUGUGUCGGAGUUUAAAGAAAUAUAUCUGUGAAUUUAUUAUCCCUUGAAUGCUACAUUUUGAGAAGCAAGGAUUCACAGACCAUGAAUGAUCUGUGAGAACAUAAAACAUAUUUAGCCCAUAUUUACCAACAUGAUACCCUUACUUGGUGAUACACAAGGAAACCAUCUACAAUCAACUGGUGAAUUUUCCAGUUGGGCUAAAUGUCCAUAAAAAAUAAUAAAUUUGGAAGUAGAGAAAAAACAGCCAUAGUCUAGUGACCAUGAUAACAGAAUAGAAUAGAAAUGUUCGCUUGAGUGUAACGAAUAUGUUGGUAUUUGAAAAAGUAGAUCAGUGUCUAUUGAAGGGAAAUCAUGUUUAAUUUAGGAAUAAUUAAUUAAAAACAAUAUUUAUUUAAUUUAAAAUGUUUUAUCUCAAGUGGCCGAACUGUAGAAUUUGAAAGUAAAAUACAUUUUUAUUUUUGUUAUUGUUUAAAGCUAUAUAAAAAUAUGUUCCCUGUUUGGUAAAUUAAGCAUUCUAUAAA